GUAUACUUUUGCUAAUAAUUCUCUGAUUUCUUUGACUACUUUCGAAUGAACUACAGGCAUUCCCACUGAUCGUGAGGUCGCUAUCAUGAUACUCAUGUCUUACCUCUCAUACAUGUUGGCGGAAUUGUUCUAUUUAAGUGGUAUCCUCACUGUGUUCUUCUGUGGGAUUGUGAUGUCACACUAUACCUGGCAUAAUGUCACUGAGAACUCAAGAGUUACAACAAAGCACACCUUUGCAACAUUGUCAUUUGUUGCUGAGAUUUUCAUAUUUCUUUAUGUUGGCAUGGAUGCUUUAGACAUUGAGAAAUGGAGGGUCGUGAGUAGCAGCCCGAAAACAUCCGUCUUUGUUAGUUCUAGUCUACUGGUACUGGUUUUGGUUGGCAGAGCAGCCUUUGUCUUCCCUUUGUCAUUUCUGUCUAAUUUGACCAAGAAGCAUCAGCACGAGAAGAUUAGUUUUAAGCAACAAAUUACAAUCUGGUGGGCUGGUCUUAUGCGUGGUGCUGUUUCUAUGGCUCUUGCUUACAACCAGUUCAGUAAAACAGGCCAUACACAGGAACGUGGGAAUGCUAUCUUUAUCACCAGUACAAUAACAGUGGUGCUCUUCAGCACAGUGGUGUUUGGUUUGAUGACGAAACCGCUCGUUAGAUACUUGUUGCCCUCGUCGAAACAGUUAAGCAGAAUGAUCUCUUCAGAUUCGAACGCCGCAAACUCCUUCAUCGUGCCACUUCUUGGCGAAGGUCAGGAUUCCAUAGCCGAACUAUUUAAUGAAAACGGGCGGGCUACAGAAGCCCGUGAAGGUGGCCGGACCGUGGGCCGCCCCAGCAGUUUACGGAUGCUACUGACCACCCCUACUCGUACGGUGCAUUACUAUUGGAGGAAAUUCGACAAUGCUUUUAUGCGUCCAGUUUUUGGUGGGCGUGGUUUUGUUCCGUAUGUACCGGGAUCACCAACUGAACAAAGUGUGCGCGAUUAUACAGAAGAAGCCAAACAGUAAAGGUAAUAAGGCGUACGCAUACUACAAGGUAUGAUGAGCCUCUGUUUUUGUAGAACUUUAUUAUUAA